AAUUCAGGUUUCAUUUCGCGUCCGCCUCUCUUUCCUCGCGUUUCCGUCCCUCCUUUUCCCUUUCCUCUCUACAGCCCCAGCGCUUCUGCUAGGGUUCAGUGGUCGCCGUCGCGCCCCGCCGAUCUGCCGCGACACCAGUCUCCAGUCUUCCCCGAUUCUAUGUAAUUGAUCUUCCAUGUCAACUUCUGUAUUAUUGUCAACCAUUCGGUCAUUUGCCCCUCCAUUUGAUGUUACAUAUGCUUACUAAAAGAUGAUGGGAGAUACAUCAUGGCUAUGGAGGUGACACAGCUACUUUUGAACGCACAAUCUAUAGAUGGUAGUGUGCGGAAGCAAGCUGAAGACAGCUUGAAGCAGUUCCAAGAACACAAUCUCCCCGCCUUCUUGUUUUCUCUUUCUGGUGAGCUGGCCAAUGAAGAUAAACCUGCUGAUAGCCGGAAGUUAGCUGGGUUGAUACUAAAAAAUGCCCUGGAUGCUAAGGAGCAACAUAGGAAGUUUGAGCUUGUUCAGAGAUGGUUGAUGCUGGAUGCUACAGUAAAGAGUCAGAUAAAAGCAGGCUUGUUAAAGACGCUUUCUUCUCCUGUACCUGACGCUCGUUCAACUGCGGCCCAAGUAAUUGCCAAAGUUGCUGGAAUUGAGCUCCCCCAGAAGCAGUGGUCGGAGCUAAUUGGAUCACUUUUGUCCAAUGUUCAUCAGCUACCUCCUCAUGUCAAACAAUCUACACUGGAGACUCUUGGUUACUUGUGCGAGGAAGUCUCUCCUGAUGCUGUUGAGCAGGAUCAUGUGAACAAAAUCUUGACUGUUGUAGUUCAAGGUAUGAGCUCUUCAGAAGGAAACAAUGAUGUGAGACUAGCUGCCAUCCGCGCAUUAUACAACGCCCUAGGCUUUGCUCAAGCGAAUUUUAGCAAUGACAUGGAGCGUGAUUAUAUCAUGAGAGUUGUCUGUGAGGCUGCUCUAUCGAAAGAAGAGAAGAACCGUCAGGCAGCCUUUGAAUGCCUGGUCUCAAUUGCGUCAAUGUACUAUGAGAAGUUAACUCCGUAUAUGAAUGACAUUUUCACCAUCACAGCAAAAGCUGUGAGGGAAGAUGUAGAGUCUGUAGCUCUUCAAGCAAUUGAAUUCUGGAGUUCAAUUUGUGAUGAGGAGAUAGACAUCCUAGAAGAGUAUGGCGGUGAUUUUACUGGGGACUCAGAUGUACAAUGCUCCUAUUUUGUCAAGCAGGCACUCAAUGUUCUUGUACCAAUUUUGCUGGAGACACUAUUAAAGCAAGAGGAGGAUCAGGAUCAGGAUGAAGGGGCUUGGAAUAUUGCAAUGGCUGGUGGAACAUGCCUUGGGCUUGUUGCCCGCGCUGUUGGAGAUGAUAUUGUACCUCUUGUUAUGCCAUUCAUUGAAGAGAAUAUAACAAAACCUGACUGGAGACAGAGAGAGGCAGCUACUUAUGCUUUUGGCUCAAUUUUGGAGGGUCCUUCUCCUGACAAGUUGACACCUAUUGUCAAUGUUGCUUUGAACUUCAUGUUAUCAGCGCUGACGAAGGAUCCAAAUACUCAUGUGAAAGAUACCACUGCUUGGACGCUUGGUCGUAUUUUUGAGUUUCUCCAUGGUUCAACAAUGGAUGCGCCUAUCAUUACGCCGGAAAAUUGCCAGCAAAUUGUGACUGUUCUACUUCAAAGUAUGACAGACGUGCCAAAUGUAGCCGGGAAGGCCUGUGGGGCACUCUACUUCUUAGCUCAGGGUUAUGAGGACGUGGGUCCAUCAUCUCCUUUGACUCCCUACUUUCAGGAAAUUGUUCAGGCCCUUCUCACGGUCACUCACCGUGAAGAUGCAGGCGAGUGUCGGUUAAGGACUGCUGCCUAUGAAACACUGAACGAGGUGGUUAGGUGUUCAACAGACGAAACGGCAACUCUGGUGUUGCAACUAGUUCCUGUGAUAAUGCUGGAGCUUCACAAUACACUCGAGGGUCAGAAGCUCUCAUCUGAUGAGAGGGAGAAGCAAGGUGAAUUGCAAGGUCUUCUUUGUGGAUGUUUGCAGGUCAUCAUCCAAAAGCUAGGCGCUUCCGAACAGACCAAGUAUGGGUUUAUGCAGUUUGCUGACCAAAUAAUGGGUCUCUUCCUUAGGGUGUUUGCUUGCAAAAGUGCGACAGUGCACGAGGAGGCCAUGCUUGCUAUUGGAUCCCUUGCCUAUGCAUGUGGUCCAGAAUUUGCAAAGUACAUGCCCGAAUUUUACAAGUAUUUGGAGAUGGGUCUUCAGAACUUUGAAGAGUACCAGGUGUGCUCUGUCACAGUUGGAGUGGUGGGCGAUAUCUGCAGGGCAUUGGAAAACAAAGUUCUACCUUACUGUGAUGGGAUCAUGACACAGCUUCUGAAGGAUUUAUCGAGCAAUCAGUUGCAUCGAUCUGUUAAGCCACCUAUAUUCUCCUGCCUUGGUGACAUUGCACUAGCAACAGGCCAAGAUUUUGAAAAGUAUCUGAUGUAUGCCAUGCCAAUGCUCCAAAGUGCUGCAGAAUUGUCUGCCCACACUGCUGGUGCUGAUGAUGAGAUGAUUGAUUACACAAACUCUCUUAGAAACGGAAUCUUGGAGGCUUAUUCUGGAAUUCUUCAAGGAUUUAAGAACUCGACUAAGAUCCAACUGUUGAUUCCUUAUGCACCACACAUCCUCCAGUUCUUGGAUAGUAUUUACAUGGAAAAGGAUAUGGAUGAUUUGGUUAUGAGAACAGCUAUUGGUGUACUCGGAGACUUGGCAGACACAUUGGGAAGUAAUGCAGGAACUAUGAUACAGAAUUCUCUUUCUAGUAGAGAUUUUUUAAAUGAAUGUUUGUCUUCAGAAGACGGUUCAAUUAAGGAAUCUGCCGAAUGGACCAAGUUGGCCAUCACCCGUGCGAUUUCUGCUUGAGGUUAUUUUGCUGCUUUGGCACGUUGUUUUUUUGGUUUUAGAGUCCUGCAUGCAUCUUGAGAGUCAGGUCCGGGGUUGCAUUUCGCGUCAGGUCAUCAUCUGCAAUUUUCUGAUAACAGAGGGUCUUCAGUCAGUCACUAACUCUUGAAUCAGCACCAUGGGGUUGAUUGAGUCUCUUGAGGUCUCGGAGGGGGCUUUGGAUUGGAUUGUCAGUCGCUAUGAAGAUGGGGGGUCAAAGUCGUCGUAAUCAGUUGAAAGCGGGUGUCAAAAAGUGUCUUCAUCAUAAUGCAUCGAGUCGGGUACACAAGUCAGGAGUUGGUUGAUAGAGACACAAGUCAAGUCAGGCAGCCGAAUUGUCGGUUAAUUGGCGGGUGUAGGUCGGUCGGUCAGGUCAGUCCUUACAAGGUGCUAGAGCCGUUGGUCACUGUAUUACUACCUGUAAGGUCACCCCCCUUAGGUCAGGUCGAUGGCUGGCUGCAUUGGGGUUGUUCAAAGUUUUGUGGCUACUUGAAGACCUCCGUGGGCCAAACAUGCAUGCAGAAGAUCCAGAUUCUGUUGCUCAGUUUCAUUUUUCUUUUUUCCUUCUUUUCUUGGGGGAUUCACAUUUUUCAUUCCUCUUUCUGUUUCGUAUCCCCAUUUCCUGUAUCUGUCAUCAUUUAUGUCUAUUACUGUUGUCAUGGUCAGGUUGUACUUAGAAGAAGACUUGGCACUAUUUUUCUCUUCUUUUUUUGAGGUUGGGAGGAGGUCUUCUUGUCCUCAACGGUUAUUAUUGAGGGGGAAAUUGCAUCUUGCAUUGCAUUAUUCAUUUUUGUUUGUUUGUUGUCUUUGUUACAGGUCUGAAAGUGAAAAAAUGAUUACACAUGUCCUUUGCAUUCGUUGAAUGAUACAAAGUGUUGGUGUCCAAAUUACCUUCAUCUUGAGUUUACAUACUUUGUUUGAAAGAUAGCAACUGUUACAGUACAGAAGCACUAGUUGUUGCUAAAUCCUCCUUUCCGGGCAAAGAAAAGAAGCCUUCAAAGGAAAGGAGAGCUGUAUGUAUCUUCUUUAUACCUCAAAAUGCAGGUGGCGUUGUCAGUGUUUGCUGAGUUGUUGGCUUGUUGCUGCAGCAAAGUGGGUGAAAGAAUCUUGGUGGAUUGAAUGUCCGAAUGUGUAACAAGCAAGGUUGUCAACUCGAGGGUUGACCCGGACCCGGCCUUGAAAACGGGUUAAAAUAGCCCAUUUGAGAAUUAGUUCAGAAAUGAUCAAACUCGAGCAAACCCGGUCAAACCCGGGUGGUUGGCCCGUCCGAGUGGGUCAGCAGGCUGCUCGUUUCAAAGUGUUGUUGGAUUUUUACUAUGUUGAAUUUAAGUGAGUUAAU